AUGGCGGCUAAAACCGGAGCCUCAGCUCCCAAUCUGCAGGAAAUCCAUGACUGCUUUCUCGAAUUGGCGAAGCAAGCUGGAGAUAUGAUCACCGGCGCGAAGCCAUUGAUCAAUGCGGCAGGGUCAAAGAAGAACAGUUCCGAUCUCGUAACGGAGACAGACCGUGCUGUUGAGCUAAUGGUAUCCACGGCACUGAGAACUAAAUAUCCUGAUUAUGAAUUUAUGGGCGAGGAGAGCUACGAGCCUGGCAAGCGUUUGACCAGCGCACCCACGUUUAUUGUCGACCCCAUCGAUGGCACCGUGAAUUUUGUCCACAGCUUCCCCAACGCCUGUAUUUCACUUGGAUUCGCCAUUGACAGAAAGCCGGUGGUCGGCGUCGUUUUCAAUCCCUUUACAAACACUUUGUAUAGCGCCAUUCGCGGCCAAGGGGCAUUCCUGAACAGGACGACCAAGUUACCACUACGGGGCGAUAACAUAGAGCCGCUGAAGGGCCUUUCCAACGCCUUAGUGGGUGUGGAAUGGGGAUCUGACCGCCACGGGCCGAAUUGGGAGACGAAGAUUGGCACAUUUGAAAGGCUAGGCAAAGCGCGUGAAGAAGGAGGGGCGAUGGUCCAUUCGAUGCGGAGUAUGGGAUCGGCAGCGUUGAACCUGUGUGCUGUUGCGGCGGGGUAUAUGGAUAUCUACUGGGAAGGGGGCUGCUGGGCCUGGGAUGUUUGCGCUGGAUGGGUAAUCCUCGCUGAAGCAGGCGGAAUCAUGGUUGACGGGAACCCCGGUGGAUGGGAAGCCGAAGUCGACGGCAGACGCUAUCUGGCAGUUCGAGCGUCGAAGAAUAGCGAGGGACAAAAGGAGAUUGUGCAAGAGUUCUGGAAGCAGAUUAAAGGGAAAUUCGACUAUGGCCAGUAG